AUGUCUCAUGAUUUGGUGAUGUUCAGAGAUGUGACUGUAGACUUUUCUUAGGAAGAGUGGGAAUGCCUGAACUUCUAUCAGCGGAAUUUGUACAGAGAUGCAUUGUUAGAGAACUAUAGCAAGUUGGUAUCACUGGAAUGUUCCAUUACUAAACCAGAUGUGAUUACCCUGUUGGAACAAGGGAAAGAGCCCUGGAUGCUUGUCUAAGAUGAGAAAAGAUGGAGUCUAGGUUUGGAAUCCUAGUAUGACACUAAAAAGCUAUUUGAAGAAAAGAAUUUUUAUGAAAUUAGUUUAUCUCAGUGGGAAAUAAUGGAAAGAGCCAAAAGUUGUGGGCUCAAAAACUCUUUUUCAGAAAAGAUUAUGAAUUUCAGGCAAGUGACAAAAAGUACCCCUGAAAAAAAUUUCCCUUACAGGAAGCUCUCAUCCCUUGCUUUAUAUCAGAAAAGUCAGAAUAGAGAAAAACCCUGUGAAUGCAUGGAUUGUGGGAAAGCUUUUAGAGUGCACUAAGAACUUACUUUCCAUCAGAUAAUCCAUACUAGUGAGAAGUAUAAAGAAUGUGGAAAAACUUUUUGACAAUGUGCCCAUCUUAGUAGAUGUCAAAGAAUUAAUACAGAUGACAAACUUUAUGAGGGUAAAAAAUGUGGAAAGAUUUUUAUGUGUAGCUCAAACCUUUGUGUACAUCAAAUAAUUCAUGUUGGUGAGAAGCCAUGUGUAUGUAAAGAAUGUGGGAAGGCCUUUUGAGUGCAAGGGCAACUUAAUCUCCAUCAAAGGAUUCAUACUGGUGAGGAACCCAAUGAGCGUAAGGAGUGUGGAAAGACCUUUAGACAGUAUGCACACCUGACUUGACAUCAGAGGCUUAACAUUGGUGAAAAGUGCUAUGAGCGUAAGGAAUGUGGUCAGGCUUUCUUGUGUAGCAUAGGCCUUCUAGCACACAAACUUCAUACUGGUGAGAAACCCCAUGACUGUAAUGAGUGUGGAAAGGCCUUUAGAGUGCAGCAGCAACUUACUGUCCAUCAGAGAAUCCAUACUGGUGAGAAGCCUUAUGGUUGUAAGGAAUGUGGGAAGACCGUUAGUCGUGGCUAUCAACUAACUCUGCACAAGUGAAUCCACACUGGUGAGAAGCCAUAUGAGUGUAAGGAAUGUCAGAAAUUCUUUCAUCAUUACUCAGAACUUAUUUCCCAUCAAGGUAUUCAUAUUGGAGAGAAAUCUUAUGACUGUAAGGAAUGUGGGAAGGCCUUUAGGCUGUUCUCACAACUUAUUCAACAUCAGAGCAUUCAUUUUGGUAAGAAACCCUGUAAAUGUAAAGAAUGUGAGAAGACAUUUAGACUGCUCUCCCAACUUACCCAGCACCAGAGCAUUCAUACUGGUGAGAAGCCCUAUGAUUGUAAGGAAUGUGGGAAAGCCUUAAGACUUCAUUCAUCACUUAUUCAGCACCAGAGGAUUCAGUCUAGUGAGAAGCCUUACAAAUGUAAAAAGUGUAAGAAGGCAUUUAGACAGCAUUCACACCAUACUUACCAUCAGCGAAUUCAUAAUGUGACUUAA